GUCAAAAGCAGAAUAGCAGCCGGGAGCGAUAAUAAAGAGGCGGUUGGCAGAAUCGCUGGUGGAGUCUAGCUGGAGGCGCCACAGCAGCAGUGUGAUCAAGCGGCAUGUCCACAGAAGAGGGCACAAUGAGGAUGGCACUUAUGCCCCACAAGGGCUUGGCUGGCUCCUAUCCAUCAGUGGCACAGGGAGACGACUGGCAUCCCCUCUUGGCCUGUGCCCCCAAAUAAGUGGCAGGCUACCCUCUUGAUGCUGUCCCCAGUUUCUUAAUCCCCAGUUCUCUUGGGGGCACCUUGCUAUGGAGCAUUUAAAGCACUAAAGCCAGGGUUUGGACUGGAGGACAAGGGAUUAUACUUGCUGGGUAGAGUCCCCAGUGUCUGGGGAAAGGGGUCUACUUCUGGGUGGCCCAAAGUUUCAUUUGGGGUGCAGAGCUUUUUAAGUAUUCUUAAUAGUAGUUGCUGGAUUCACAAAUAAGAAACUGAAAGCUUCAUCCUUGUGCCCAGAAUGAGGCUGAUUGGCUCUGGGACAAGGCACAGCAGUGCUCUGCAGUUUCAUGCCGCUUUUGGGUUGCACAGAUGCAAGAUUCUUCCAGGGACUUGCACUCAGUCUUGAGUGACUUGCUGACCUCAAUCCCUGUCUGGCAAUAGGAGUCUUGAAUGCAAUAUAUUAAAAUCCAGUUUAAUUAUACUAGUGUUGCCAGUUUGGAGCUGGUAAUAAUAAAGAGAGAGUGGUGGAGGGAGCACACCCAUGGGACAGGGAGUCACCUGCUCUGGGGAGGGAGGGUAACUGCUGGCAGAAAGGCUUGGAUGUCCUCUCCUUUAUUCCCAGCACUUUGGAGUCUCACAAAGAGCCAGAAUUCAGCCUGCUCCCGCACCCGUCUCCUGCCAGAAUCUGCAUUUCACAACAGCACUUCUGCUUCUAAGUCUUGACAGCCAUGGGGCUGAAGGCAGAGGAACCAGAUUACCAGAAGCAGUUCGAAGCAGCUGUCCGAGUCAUCCAAGGCCUGCCCAAAAAGGGGUCAUCAUAUCGUCCAUCCUAUGAAGAAAUGCUACGCUUCUACAGUUACUACAAGCAAGCAACUGUGGGUCAGUGCCAGAUCUCUCGACCAGGGUUUUGGGACCCCAUUGGCAGGUAUAAAUGGGAUGCAUGGAAUAGAUUAGGGAAGAUGACAAAAAAGGAAGCUAUGGUUGCCUAUGUCCAAGAAAUGAAGAAGUCGGCCCAGAAGGUCAUUGACACUGUGCCAUUGGACCAGACGUCGGAGGACAUGUUUGAAUACUUCGAACCCCUUUAUGAGGUGAUUGAUGAUAUGCCCCGCCCCCCAGAUUCCUUCUUCAAGAAGAAAUUAGGCUUAGGCCACGCAGAGGAAAGUGUCAAGAGCACUCAAGGGACCAGCGAUUCGGAGAGCGAGGUGUUCUGUGACAGUCUGGAACAAGUGGAGGCGGAUCAGGUGAGGAGGCUGUCAGCGAAGGAAAGCUUCUCUGUGAACAAUCUUCAUGAGAUUCAGCCAGGAGAGACGGGCAAGCACCAGCUUCCCAUGCAUGUACCAAUCUCAACCAGGGAAGAAGAGCUGAGCAAAAGUGAUCUGCGAACCACCCCUGCUCAGAGGGAUUUUGGCAGCAGCCCCAGAGUCACCGUAGAGACCAUGGCAAGUGCCUCAAUCCGGCAGGAAGUGGACGUGCACAUGAGGAGCACCAUCCAGACGUUGCAGGAAGACAUGGAGGAAGUAAUGAGGAGACUCAGCAACCUGGAAUCAUUGGUCACUUCACAAGGCCAGCCGUCCAAGUUGAAGAAUUGCCAGAGCGCCAAAUUGCACAAGGAACCAUCCCACUGGCCUGCCCACCUGACUCCGCCUACCUUGUUUUUCCUGCUGGCUUGGCCAUUCAUCGUCCAAUGGCUCCUCUGGCGUUUUCAGAGCCGGAAGAGGUGAAUUGCUGCCUGGUUUUGUUUUUUUGAAAAAGGUGCAUUUAAAAACCCACAGCGGUGGCUGCAAAGACCAGACAGUUUGGAAGUGUAAACACUGGACUCCUGCCAGCACUACUACCUGCCAAGGACUGCACACGUCACUCUGGGUAGAGCCCCAUGGCUACAGUCCUAGAGUGGGGAGGGAAGGGCCUUCAUAAAGUUUGGCUGGGGGAGGGCUGGGGAAAUAGGCUGCCUGGGGGAAAUGAAGCAGGGAGCAUCGAGGGCUAAAAGGUUGCGGCUUCUCCUGACAAUCCCAAGACAGAUAUAUAUUGCAAAAUGUAGCACUUGCCUUUGCCAGACUCUGAACUGGGGGCAGGGCCAGAGAAGCCUCUUCUCAUCUAAGAUAGGGGGUGUUCCUGUUCCCCACCCUUCUUGAUGGAGGGGUGGAAUCUUGGGGUUGCAAACUGGCUACUUUGGUCUCUGCGUGGUGGGGGUGGGGUUAAUGCUAAUAAAGAAAACUACAGCCUCUCUUCCUUCUCCUGAGGUUGGUUUGUUCCUCCAGGCCUUCAAGGGACUGUGAAGAUUGGUAAAGAGAAGGCCCACCCUGCAAUCUUGUGCCCUUAUAUGUCAUUUGUCCUUUUGCAAUUGGCUGUAAGCUCAGAAGGGAAUUUUGACAAAGCUCAGAGUCUGGCCAUGACAUGGUCCAUAUAAUGCAACCAGUUACGUGACCACCACCUCACUCCUGCAG